AUGUUGAGAAGGUGUGCGAGGAGUGCUGCUGCUGUGUCGGUUAGAUGGUACAGACGACCUGCCACUGUUGGUGCAAAUCAUAUAAGAUCUCAUAUUCCACAACUGAAAUCCAAUGAAUCUGAGAUUUUUUUAGUCGGUAAGGAUCAAAAGGAUGUAGAGAAGAAUCUGGAGAAACUAGGGUUUGAACAGAUUGAUAGUGAUGAUUCUACGGGGAAAACCAGUUUUGGUGAUUCACUUUUCUUAAAAUAUUUGAAACAUUAUGGUACUGGAUUUAAAUCUAGCAAUAGAAAUUUUAACGUUUUGAAUAGUUCCUUUGAUAAAGAAUCGAGUGAUAAGAAAUUAUCUCUUUUGUUUAAUUAUUUUUUAAGAGAAGCAGAUUUAGAAGUACGACGUCUUAAAAAUUAUACACCUGAACAAAUUAAUAAUUUGAUAGAGACUCGAUCUAAUGAAAUUUUAGAUGAAUCAAUGGAUUCUACGGAUAUUCUUGAAGAAUUUAUCGUAAAUGAUCUAACUAACGAAGAUAAGAGUCAAAAUUAUUUGAUUCAUACGAAUUUCUUACUACAAAUAUUAAAUAAUUUAUUAAUGGACCCUAAUUUUAAACCAUCGCGGGAUAAUAUUUCAAUGGAUCAACUAGUGGAAGUGUUCGAGUUUUCAAAGACUAUACCGGUUCAGCAUAAGAGACAGCAAGGUAUAAUGUGUUCCGGAAGACUAAUCUAUUCAGUGGGAAACGUUAGAAUGGAUCCCGUUAAUGAAUCAUUCUAUAUUAAUUCAUUAGUAGCAUUUGGUCAUUAUAAUGAUGCUCAUAAAUUGUUUAAGAGUAGAAAGGAUACCCUUAAGGAAAAAUGGUGGUAUACUAUUGGACUUAAUAUUUUACUUGCAACAAAUAAUCUUCGGGGAUUUAAACAUUUAUUAAAUGAAACUGAUUCAAUGUUUCCACACAGUUAUCCAUAUUUAAGUAUGAAAGUGAUAAAAUUUAGCAUUAAAAAAUUUUUAAGGAUUGAUAAUUUGAAGAUGGCUAAUGAAAUGACUAAUAGAUUUUUAGAUAUUGUUGAAUUGAAAGGAUUGAAUACAAAUGAACUCAGAGAUGAAGAUUCAAAAUUUAAAAUGUUUCAUGAUGAAAACGAUGCUAAUGAUUAUUUAAAUCAAAUUGAAAUACCAAAUCAACAUGAUUUUAUUACUAUCAUUAAUUAUUAUACUUAUAAGAAAAAUAUGUCCAUGGUAUCAUAUUUAUUUCAAAAAUAUUUAGAAUUACCAGAUAAAAAUAUGAAUUAUCAUGAUUUAAUACUUAGAACAAAUCUAAAUUUAUUAAAAGAUUUUGAUUUGUUUAAAAAAUUGAUCAUUACUGAGAGUUCUUCGAAAUUGACAAGGGCUAACAUAAAGACUUUAGAGAAAGAAUUUCAAAAGAUUAUUGCUAAUUAUGAUACUACUGAUAAAGUUAUUCAAUCUCUAUUGUUUCAUAAUAUUGAGGAUUUGUUAUCGAAUAGAAAAUUAUCUGCCGCGAUAAGAAAUUUUAUUAAUGAAAAAUUGAAUACUGAUCUAGAUUAUGCGAAGUCAUCCACUGAUAUCCCAAUUCGAGAUGCAAGACAAUAUCAUACACUUCUAGAGACUUUGUUACAUUCAGGUAAAUAUGAUAAAGCUGAAGAAAUCCUGUUGAAACUCGAACAAUCGUACAUUGAAAACAACAAGACAAAUCCGAUCCCCAAGGUUAGUGCACAUAUAUAUGCAAUUUAUCUUGAUCAUUAUUGGAAUCUGGCCAUUGCGAAACACAAACGAUUCCCAUUAACAGAUAUGGAUAAAAAAGUUGAUGAUAUAUUGACAAGAAUAAAUACUUUGAAAGUUCCAUAUAAUUCAAAAUUUAUUGCUAGUCUCCUAAGAUAUUAUAGAAGCCGAAAGAAUUUGAAAAUAUGUUAUAGAAUCAUCAAUGCAAUCUUUGAAACUCCAAAUGGAUCAAUACAUGAAACUGAACAAACAAAUUUUAAAUCAACGCUGUUCCAUAGACGUGAUAUUAAUGAAACACUUUACACGGAAAUUUGGAAAGUUUAUUAUAAUUAUUAUAGUAAUGAAAUUACUGUAAAUGUACCCCAUAAUGAAAUUCCAGUGAAAAAAAUAUUGAAAAACUCAUAUUUGAAAAAUAUUAAUAAUGAAAUUGAUAGUAUGCCCGAAUUUGAUAUCGAAUGGCUUUUAAAGACUAUGGCUACGAGAGAUAAUCUUUUACCAACAGCAAACUUGUAUCAAACAAUUAUUGCUGUAUUUUUAAAAUCAAAUAAUUGGUCGACGCUUCCUGCUAUUUUGUCAAUGAUGAUCAAUGUACAUUCUGUCUAUAUUGACAUUAAUUUAUUUAAAUAUAUUGUGGUCGGUAUCAGAGACAACUAUGUUAAACUGGAAACAAAAAGAUUAAGAUCCAAUGAUCCCGAGAUGACUCAUGCCAUUGCUCAAAGAAGAGCUUUGAAACUGUUUGAAAAGAAAUGUGAAGAUAAGAUAUUUAUUGGAGUUAACACUUUUAAAACAUCUGACAAUUUUAAGGAUCUUAACGACAAAAAUAUUCUGGACACGUUAUUAGUUCAGAUAUUAAGAUUAAUCAAAUACCAAAAUCCAUACGAUGUUAAUUUUGGAAUGGUAUUAGAACAUUUCAAAACAUUAGAAGUAAAUGAUGAGCACAUGGCUAAUAUAAUCUCCCUUGUAAAUAGUAAUGCAUAA